GAAGCGCGUGCGGGUGAGGGGGCGGGAGGGGCCGGGACCCCCCCGAGCCCCCCCGGGCUCCCCCGAGACCCGCGGGGCCCCCCGGCCGCCAUGGCGGGGCAGGCGCAGGAGCCGAUGACCUUCGAGGACGUGGCGGUGUUCCUGAGCCGGGCCGAGUGGGACGCGCUCACGGCGGGGCAGCGGGAGCUGUACCGGGAUGUUGUGUCCGACACCUACGAGCUGCUGACCUCCCUGGGUUAUUCAGGCCCCAAGCCCGACAUCCUGCACCGGUUGGAACGUGGGGAAGAGCCGUGGAUCUGCUCAUCCCCAGGACAUGCUGGGAGCUGGCUGGAGGAGCCUUCCUCGGGUGGGUGGCCCAGGGCCAGUGGGUACCAGGGGCUGGAGACCUCAUGUCCAGCAGGAUGCAGCACCUUGUGGUGUCUCCAGGACAGGAGCUUCCAGAAGAAGUUUGGCUGUCACGAGGGAAGGAGUGAAGUCCCAUCGGAAGCAGACAUUGGAGUGGGGAACCAAGCCCAGCCAUGGCUUGUGAAGGAGGAAGUGGAGGAUAAACCUGAACUCAGAGAAGACAUAACCCACAGUGAGACAUUCUCGCUUCAUUCCGUAAUGGAGCAGCAGAGCCUGAGUCCUUGGGGACAGCUGUGGGAUGGCCCUGGAGAGAGGAGUCAAGGGAAUGCCCAAAACCAUGGACACACCUUGGGAGAGGCGACGCUUCUCCCAAGAACCCGGGAGCUGCGGGUGGAGGAGCUGAGAGCGGCGGUGGCGAAGGACCACGGCUACUGCCUCCGGAACGAGCCGGGCACGCCCUGCACGCCCCGGCCCUGCUGCCUGUGGGAACACAACUACUGCCAGCAGCACCAGGCCGGGACGAGAAGGAGCCACGAGGACGGGAGGAGCCACGAGGACUGGAGGAGCUGCGAGGACGGGAGGAACCGCGAGGCCAAGAGGAGCCACGAGGAUGGGAGGAACCGCGAGGCCAAGAGGAGCCGUGAGAGCUUCCAGAAGAAGUUUGGCUGUCACGAGGGAAGGAGUGAAGUCCCAUCGGAAGCAGACAUUGGAGUGGGGAACCAAGCCCAGCCAUGGCUUGUGAAGGAGGAAGUGGAGGAUAAACCUGGACUCAGAGAAGACAUAACCCACAGUGAGACAUUCUCGCUUCAUUCCGUAAUGGAGCAGCAGAGCCUGAAUCCUUGGGAACAGCUGUGGGAUGGUCUUGGAGAGAGGAGUCAAGGGAAUGCCCAAAACCAUGGACACACCUUGGGAGAGGCGACGCUUCUCCCAAGAACCCGGGAGCUGCGGGUGGAGGAGCUGAGAGCGGCGGUGGCGAAGGACCACGGCUACUGCCUCCGGAACGAGCCGGGCACGCCCUGCACGCCCCGGCCCUGCUGCCUGUGGGAACACAACUACUGCCAGCAGCACCAGGCCGGGACGAGCUGCGAGGCCGGGAGGAGCCGCGAGGACGGGAGGAGCUGCGAGGCCGGGAGGAGCCACGAGGACGGGAGGAACCGCGAGGCCAAGAGGAGCCACGAGGAUAGCACUGCCCAGGCCGUGCGCCGCCGGGUGGCGCGGCGGCAAUUCCACUGGGGCAGGACGUUCCGGAGAGCCAGGGAGAUCCUGCGGCGCUACCAGCCCUACUGGAGGUUGGGGUUUCCGUGGAGAGACCGCUCCAGCUCCAGUGGCGCCACGCCGGGGACGAAGCCUGCGGUUUGUCCUCUGACGAAUGAAGCCGCGCCACGCCAGCUCCAGGGCACCGGGAAUGCUGAGGGGGAGACAUUGGACACACAGUGUGCCCCAGAGGGGAUUGUGGGAACUGGGGGUUCACCCCCUGCCCUAAUCCUGGAUGCAGGGGUGGGGAAGAGAGCAAAGCCUCUGGAACAUCCUGGUGCCAGACAGGAGCUUGAAGGAUGUGCUGCACCCCAGAAAUCGCAGGAGGUGUCGCUCCAGGACGUGUUCCGGAAUGUGCUGAAGGCAGUCAGGUACAUACUGGACUCCAUGUGCCAGAAGUUUGAGCUCCAGGGGGUCUCCCAAGGGAAGAGCAUCUGGCCCAUUAUCAUCCAGAUUGACAACUUGACGGAGAUCAGGAAGCACUGACUCCUGGGGAAAACUUGAAUUGGAUUCCCUGAGGCACAGCACUCAAUCUCCCCCAGUUCUGGGGGGUUCGGGAGGAAAAAUGUGGCAGAUGUGGAUUGGGGAAGGUGAAACUGGGAAUGUGGGAUCUGCCCUGAACUGGGAUUGAUUGAGAGGCUUUGGAGAAAAGCAGUGGGAAAGAGGAGGAUUCGUGUGGCUCGAAGGAGGAAAGAAGGAAAAAUGAGCAUGGGAUUCUGCAAUCCUGGAAUGGCUUGGGUUGGAAGGGAUGUUAAAUCCAUCUCUAAAAACCAACCAGGGGUUGGGCUGUGCUCCUGUCACCAAAACAAUGGGAAAAACAAACCGACGUUUUUGGUGUUAGACAAGGCAUUUCCUUAUUUCUGGCUGGGGUAUGCAACAGAAAUUAUUUCAACCACACAUGGCCUGGGUGUGCAGAGAAAACCAUUUCAUCACAGGCAAACUUUACUCAAUUUUUCCCAAACUUUAUCCAGUCCAAAACCCACAGAAAUCCAUUGGUUCAAUGCUCAUUUGUUCCAAAUUGCAGAGUUCUCAGAAUUCGGUUUCUUAUUGGACCAGGAUUUUUUUGCCUCUGGUGUUUAUUGGGCUGUCACUAAUUUCUUUAUCAGCCUUUUCCAGCCCCAGGGGUCUGGGGUAGAUGUUCCUUGAUGUUUGCUGAUGGUUGUUAUCUUUUUGGGUGUCUUUUGGGCUAUUCCCAGUUUGUUGAGAUGUUAAGUUUGUCAGGCUUCACAGAGGUGAACAAUAUCCUUGA